AUGCAGGUAGACAUUGAACAGCAGUCUGAUCAUUAUCCAGCAGCACAAAAAAGUGCUCUGGCUGUAAUAGCACUUGAUAUCUCACCCGAGCAGAAUCUGCUUUUAAAAAUCCCAAUUGUUAAGAUCAUUUCUAAAAAUAAGCGUCAUUGUGAGUCUAACUGCUAUUUCUUGCUUCCAGGCUACCGACAUGUAUACCUAGAAGGUAUGGAGGAAGCUUCCGUCUUCGUUCACGUAGCUGUCAACGACGUUUGUGGUAAGGUCAAACCAGCGCUGGGCAUAAAAAGUCUCUUUCUCAGAAGUCCAAAGCAAGCCUCCCUCGACAGCCAUGUUGCUGGUCAGCUCAACCGCAAACAUUCCUUUAGCAGCCAGCUGUUACGGCGGACGGCCAGCGCGCCCACCAAGAGCUUAAAAAAGCCCAAGAUCGCCCUGGAUGCCCGAGACGAUCGCUCGGAAGGAGCCAGCAAGGACCCCGUUCCGGAAGACGCUUCCCACCCUCGCUUCGACCAAGAAUCCGACCUCCCGCCCCUGGCACCGUCUCCUUCCCGAGAGGCCGCCGUCAGCCGCACGGACGCGGACCCCAAGGGAUCCAAAGAUGUCCGCCAAUUUUCCAUGUACCGGUCGGCCCCUUCCUUAUGCAGCCUGCAGACCAUCCACGAAGAGCCCCUCGCCGCCAACGAGAACCAGCCUUCCAGCAGUUCCUGCUUCCUUCUGCCCACCCGCCCCGUCAGCGAAGACCCCAAAGAAGACUCUGUGCCUCGUCCUUCUCAGGAAGAAGUUCCAGAUGGAAGCGACCACCCUGGGUGUCUUGAGAGAACUUCUCGUUUGCGCCACCACCCGGGUUCGGAGAAGGUGCUUCUCGCUCCCAGUGUCUCGGAAGAAGAAGAAGAAGGGAUGGGAAGCGCCAAAGAAGAAGAAGGGUGGACAAGAGCUCCUUGCCACGGAGGUCUUCUCCAUUCUCAAGGGCAGCACGCGUCGGACAAUUGUUGCCUCCACCCGGCUGGAAAUGGCCAGAAGAAGACCAGCAGGUUGGUUCAACAGACGACAAGCAAUGAGAAGAACAGAGUUGGACCAUCAUACCAAAGCGAAAGGGACAGCAGGACCCCGACAACUCCACUUCGCACUGUCCUGGUCUCUGUGCCUCCGACUGUUGUGAGGAGAUCGAAGGAUGAAGGAUACAAGCGGUGCGAGCACGGAGUCUCCCUGAAGCAUCCUGAUGACUGUUCCGCGCCGGAAGUUUAUUGGGAUGCCACGGUCCAUGACCGGAUCUGGAGCAAGCUUGAUUUCAGCACCCACCAGGACAGCAUGUCCUCCUCUUCCAGCAUGUCUUCCAACGAUACCGUCAUAGACCUCUCCUUCCCCAACCUUGCCCGGAAAAGCCUUCCGGACCUCGGUCCUCCUAAGACCUUGGAUGCCGUCCCUCAGAGAAGAAUCGUGAGGCCCUGGUCUGCCAGCGCGGCCUCUGGGCGUGAAGCCCCCACGGUGACCAAGAGCAAGUCCAACCCCAACUUGAGGUUGGACCAACCCAUGGAAGAUGACUUGCGCCCAAGGCCUCUUGGAUUCUCCUCGGUAUCCAGAAGGCACACCUGGAACCGGUUGUACAUGGAGAGCCUCAAGCGGUCGUGCCUGAAGCCAGAAGAGCAGAAGAACCUCGACGCCAACCCCAUGAAGUCCAGGAGCCUUGGAGACCUCACCUCCGAUGACAUCACGUCCACUUCGGAGAGCAAGUACCGGAUCAUCCGCCGUAGCUUCGCCACCCGUUCAGUGAGCGCCCAUCGUGGGGCCUCCAAGACUUCGUCCGGGAGAUCUCCGGACGAGCUGACAGAGCGCCUGAAGAAGCUCACCUUCUUCCAGCAGGAGAACGACAUCACUUCCCCCACCUGUCUGGAACUUCCCAAGGCUGAGGAAGAAGAGGAGGAGGAAGAAGAGACCGUCCUGAUCCGAAGGUCUUCUUCUCGGAGUCAAAGCAGGGUGAGAUACAUCGCCAACCGGGCCAGACAAGCCCAGGAAAGGCAGAAGCUCAAAAGUUUGGCCUUGAACCAGGGGAGUCCCAUCGAGGAGCGGGGCAUCCCCGAAGGAGCCUGCUGUUUUCCGGGGGGGCCUUACACGGACCCGGCUGCCCCCGGCUUGUUUACAUCCCAACUCAAGAACCCGACGGGCUUGAAUCCCGAGACCGAAAUCGUCUUCACCUUCAGGCUCUGACGGUGGGAAGGGCUGAACCAGAAUCGAUGUUUACAGUCCCCCUUCCCCAGUUUUCUUUAAAUAUAUAUAUAGAUAUAUAUAGAGAGAGAGAUAUGCCUAGUGCAGAAAACCCUCGUUCCAUGAGGGAGGACACUCCUCCACCACCACCUCUUCCUCAUCCUCUCCUCCUCCUUCCUUUCUUUCCUUUCCUCCUCCUCUCCUUCUC